UCCCCUAACUCUGCCCUCUGGGUCCCUUCCAGGCUCCUCCUCGCACUCCCUCAAGUAUUCCCUCACUGCCGUGUCAGACCCCAGUCAGGGGCUGCCCCCUUUCAUCAUUCCGGGGUACGUGGACGAUCAACUCUUCAGUUAUUACAACAGCAGCAGCAGGAAGGUGCAGCCUCGAGUCUCCUGGAUGGAGAAGGAGGACCCCCAGUUUUGGGACACUCAGACCAAGGUGGCGCGUGUCAAUGAGGAGGCGCUGAGAGCCUACGUGGAGGAUCUGAGGAUGUGCUUUAAUGAGAGCGAAGGCCUUCAAACCUGGCAGUGGAUAGGUGCCUGUGAGCUCCAGGGAGACGGGAGCAAAGGAGGGUUUUUGCGCUUUGGAUAUGAUGGGAAGGACGUCAUCAGUUUCAACAAGGAGACCCUCACCUGGGUGGCUCACAACCCCCAGGCCCAGAUUGCCCAGAGGAAAUGGGAUGCUGAUUCAGGACGAAAUCAGGGAACGAAGGCCUACCUGGAGGAGGAAUGCAUUGAGUGGCUGGAGAAGUAUCUGUCCUACGGAAAGGAGAUGCUGCUGAGGACAGAGGGUCCAGUGGGGACGGUGAGCGGCGGGACGGAGGCCGACGAUGGGACGGAAACUCACGUCUGCCGCGUGGAUGGCUUCUACCCCAAGGAGAUUGAUGCCUCCUGGAGGAGGGACGGGGAGGUCUGGCUGCAGGACAACUCCCGUGGGUCUGUGGCCCCCAAUGCAGAUGGGACCUACCACUACUGGCUCAGCAUCCGGAUCAUUCCCAAAGAGAGGGACCACUAUCGGUGCCACGUGGAGCAUGACAGCCUGCAGGAACCUGUGGACAUGUCCGUGAAAGUUCCAGAAUCCAACCUGGGGCUCAUCAUCGGCUGCGUUGUGGGUGCUGUUGUCCUUGUGAUUGCUGUGACUGCUGGGAUCUUGGUAUAUCACA